AUGGGAAAUUGCAUCCAAAGUCAGGGCUGUGGGCCUGGCGAUGGAGGCAAGCAGAGGAUCGGACCUGUGGCGGGAUUUGCUCCCGUCAUUCUGGAGCUCGAACCCCGGCUCGGGAUGCUCUCCGCUGGGCCUCCAAAGUCCCGAUGCCCACUGGCAGCCCAGACUCGUCGGUGUUGCGGCCUACCGUUCCGCUCACCCGUGCCCUGA